CCCGCGCUCGGGGCCGCCGGCCUGGCGGGCCCGGGCAGCGCGCUCAAAGGGCUGGCGACCGCACACCCAGACCUCCGCGGGGGAAGCGUCGGCGCGGGCAAGGCCAAGAAGUCGGUGGACAAGAACAGCAACGAAUAUCGGGUGCGGCGCGAGCGCAACAACAUCGCGGUGCGCAAGAGCCGCGACAAAGCCAAGCAGCGCAACGUGGAGACGCAGCAGAAGGUGCUGGAGCUGACCAGUGACAAUGACCGCCUGCGCAAGCGGGUGGAACAGCUGAGCCGCGAACUGGACACACUGCGAGGCAUCUUCCGCCAGCUACCCGAAAGCUCCUUGGUCAAGGCCAUGGGCAACUGCGCAUGAGGCUCCGCAGCGGGACUGCCCUGGGCCGGCCUCUGGAGGGGCCCCGGGAAGUGGUUUCGGGUCGCCUCUUUUUGAAAGCCUGGCGGGUCCCUACCCCCCACCCCCUCCGCGCACCACCUCCCUUCCUCGGAGCUGGACUUGGUGCCUCUGAGAUAAAGGUCAGGCAGCGGGUCUCUGGGCCAGGGGAGCAGGCGGCACGGGCCCGACCUGGGAGCCCAGCGGCUCUAGUAUUAAGGAGCAACCUUGUGCCUUGGAAAUGCAAACUCCUGCUCCACUUCCUACCGAGUAGGGGGAGCAAAUUUGUGCCUUGCCAUUUUAUUCAGAAGGUUCCUGCCUCCUUCUCCCACAUUGCAGUAGGCUCCCUGGAGCGAAGGAGGGAGGGUUGGAGACCUACCCAGGAGGUAGUUUAGGUAGCUGAGCCCACCAGGCCCGUUCCUCAGCCCCCCUCCUUUCAGGGGAAGAGACUCCAGGCCUUGGGCUUUGAACCCCAGGGCCCUCCCCUGUGCAUCCAGGAAGAGGAAUCCAUCCAAUUCCUGUCUGUGUAGCCAAGCCUGUGACAGGCGGGGCCUCCCUUGUCAGACUCACUGGGGGUCACUAAGUGGCCACUAGAAGCAGGCCCCCACCCCCAAGUCAGAUCAGAAAGCCAGUGGCAGGUUAUCCAUAAGGAAGCAUGCCUUGGAAAUGGUGGCCUGGUGGAAGAUGGGAAGCAGAGACCUUGCCCAUGGCUGGGGGAGAUAGCCUCGUCUGUACUGUAUGCCACCAGCUUGCAACGAAACACGAAGCCCAAUCACUUCAUCCCUGAGGGACCGGAGCUAUGAGAAGCUUUCCAGAUAUUUUUGCUUUAUCAGCUGAGAUCAACACUUGUAUCUGGCUUCGCCAAGUCCCAGCAGUGCCUUGUGCUGUGUGAAUGUGUAUGCCUCCACCGAGCCACCAUUUUUGUUGUUUUUUUGUUUUGUUUUUGGGUUUUGCUCAGAUACUUGCCAAAAUGAGACUCGUCAUCAGUACUGCGGGUGAGAGGCCGGUGCCCUAUUUCCUCUUGGUUUGGGAUUGCUUUCACUCCCCAGGGACCAAGGAAGUGGGGGGGCUUCCCCUGCUGCAUCCCCUUUAGCUUUCCUUGAGGGCCAUGGUGGGCCUCGGUCUCCUCCGGCCCAGGGUGCCCACAGGCAUGGCCCCCGGAGGCCCUCAUCUGGAAAGGAAGGCUUCCAGCCACCAGGCAGCCAGGAGCUCAAGUGGGCAAAACAGUUUGUCUUUUCUUGUUGGGAGAUGACAGAGUUUCGUGCUAAGGGUUUUAUGUAUUAUAUCUAUAAUAUAAACAUAUCAAAGUGA